UCUAUCUUCUUCUUCUACCUCUAACAUGAAUUCCUCUCCACAACCGCCUGCGGAUGACCACUACCGAUCUACACUUUCACCUACUAUGGACAUUGGUGCUGGAAUAUACCUGCUGUUUAUAACCUUGUUUUCCAUCGCAGGCAACCUGCUGGUUCUGGUGAUGGCCUUCAAUCGUUCUUCUCGCAUGAAGCCUCCUGAGCUUCUGAGCGUCAACCUGGCGAUGACGGACCUUGGGGCGGCAGUCACCAUGUACCCAUUGGCCGUGGCCUCGGCCUGGAGCCACCGCUUCCUUGGAGGGGACGCUGCCUGCCUCUAUUACGGACUGGCCGGCUUCUUCUUUGGCGUGGCCAGCAUUAUGAACCUCACACUCUUGGCCAUUGUGCGAUUUGUGGUCUCCCUGGACCUGCAGUCACCCAAAAACAAGGUGAGCUGGCGUCAGGUGAAGAUUCUGUGUUUGUGGUCUUGGCUGUACGCUCUCUGCUGGGCUCUCCUGCCCGUCCUGGGUUGGGGUCGCUAUGGUCCCGAGCCUUUCGGGCUGUCCUGCUCUCUGGCGUGGGGCCAUCUGAGACGCGAGGAUUCCUCCUUCGUUGUGGCCAUGUUCUCCUUCAACUUGGCUCUGCCCGCCGCUGUCAUCAUGGGCUGCUACUUCAGCAUCGCCAUCAAACUCUACUUCGCCUACAGGAAGUCGCUGGGACACGGGCGACGUGUGCCCAAUGUGCUCAAGCUACACCGCAGGUUGCUUACGAUGGCGGUGCUGAUCAGUGUGAGCUUCAUCGUGUGCUGGUCUCCAUACAGCAUGGUGAGCUUGUGGUCCGCCUUAGGUCCCGGGGACCCCAUCCCGCCUCAACUCAGCCUAUUGCCCUGUAUCUUCGCCAAGAGUUCCACAGUCUGCAAUCCUGUCAUCUACUACAUUUUCAGCCAGAGCUUCAAAAGCGAGGUCAAGCAACUGGUGCGGUGCCAGCCUAAAUUAAAGCCAUGUUGUGGCAGCAAGGACGGCGAGGGUACUGGAGGGGGAGACGGAGGAGGAGGGUCUCCAUCAGGAUCCAAAGGAGCGGCAGCGACUACAUUGGUUUGAAGAGAAACUAAGAACCGGACACCACCAGAAACCAGCGCGGACUGUUGGCCCAACUGAUUACGAAACAACAUCAAUCACUGGAGUACUCAACUAUUUUUGGCUAAGGCUUUGAAGCCAAAUGCAAAUGAACUGGACAAUCGAGAACAAAUUCCAGUCGGCCACUGACCCUUGCACUCUUGCUGACACACUGCAAUGGAAAAACAGCGCCAUCUGGUGUACUUUCAAAUGUGACAAUGAGCCGAUGACGUCAAUGGUACUUCUUCCAACAAGUUUCAUGGGAGCCCAACAAUUUUUGCACCAUGGACAUAUUUUAAUGCACCGACAUAAGAAGAACAAUUGCAUACAAGUAUUAAAAGAACAAUUCACCAUUAUGCUGAAUGUUGUUGUAAUUUAGACCCUUGUGUAUGUUCGUCUUCAGCUGUGUUACGUUGCAAAUUUGUUGAAAACCAAUACAUUCUUGUUUAUCAAUCUUACAACAGUGAAAAGUGAACGGCAAAAUAUAUCUUCAAAUAGAAGAAGCUUGGAAUUAACAUGAUGACGUGAUGUCUGUUAUAAAUCAAUUUCAUUGAUCAUUUCGUGAAAAUAAUAGAAGCCGUCUGUUCAUUUUUGUUAAUAUUACUUUUUGGAUGUUUCCUUGAAAAUAUAUUCUGGUCUGAAAGUUAACUAUUGCCACAAAUGUUUGUAUAUCUAUCUACAAAAUUUGAGUGCUAUCCUUUAAACUCUUAUGACGUUUUGUGGUAAUAUCGAUGGUAAUAAGAUUUUUAUUUUGUUCAUUAGGUCCUGAAACAUACAUCUUUACUGGCAUUAUGAUCCCACCAAGGUGCUUUGGAAGUAUUUUUUCCAUUUUCUUUGUAAGAGUCACAAAAUACAGUAAAAAAAAAAAAAAAAAAAAUGCCCAUAUGAUACAACUUCUAAUUACCAGCUUACAGUGUUUAAUUUCUAAAUCAUAAGGUGCUGGAACACAAAGUACUUAUGACAGCGCAGGGAUGACGAGACGGGCAAAGGUCCUGGAACCAAUGCAGAAAAUGGUGCUGAUAACAACACGCAAAUGCCCACCUGUCAUGCUGUGGGACUUACAAGCCUCAAUUUCAGAUAAUAUCCAUGGUAUACAUUUGGGCAAAUAAGUAUUUAGUCAACCACCAAUUGUGCAAGUUCUCCUACUUGAAAAGAUU